GGCCGUCGCCGCACCUCCUGACUGCACACUCGUCGUCUGCUCUUUAACGCCGCUACCGCCGCAGCUGCAGAUUGAAACGAAGACGCACGCGGCUACUACAGGCUGCAAGAAGAGGCAGCAGGUUUUUGCUUGCGUUUUUUGAGCUUUUUUUGGCGGCGGCGACAUCAUGAGCACCGGCGCGCGGCCGGGGCGGCGGUUCACGGUGGGCCGGAGCGAGGACGCCACGCACCCGGACACCAUCCGCGCCGCCAUCUCCGAGUUCAUCGCCACCGCCAUCUUCGUCUUCGCCGCCGAGGGCUCCGUCCUCUCGCUCGGGAAGAUGUACUACCACGACACGGCGAGCACGGCGAGCGGGCUGGUGACGGUGGCGCUGGCGCACGCGCUGGCACUGGCCGUGGCGGUGGCGGUGGCCGUCAACGUCUCGGGCGGGCACGUGAACCCGGCCGUCACGUUCGGCGCGCUGGUCGGCGGCCGGAUCUCGCUCGUCCGCGCGGUCUUCUACUGGGUGGCGCAGCUGCUGGGCGCCGUGGCCGCCACGCUCCUCCUCCGCCUCGCCACGGGCGGCGCCCGCCCGCCCGGGUUCGCGCUGGCGUCCGGGGUCGGCGACUGGCACGCCGUGCUGCUGGAGGCCGCCAUGACGUUCGGCCUCAUGUACGCCUACUACGCCACCGUGGUCGACCCGAAGCGCGGCCACGUCGGCACCAUCGCGCCGCUCGCCGUGGGGUUCAUGCUCGGCGCCAACGUGCUGGCCGGAGGGCCGUUCGACGGCGCCGGGAUGAACCCGGCGCGGGUCUUCGGCCCCGCGCUCGUCGGGUGGCGGUGGAGGCACCACUGGGUGUACUGGCUCGGACCCUUCCUCGGCGCCGGGCUCGCCGGGCUGGUGUACGAGUACCUGGUCAUCCCGUCCGCCGACGCUGCGCCGCCGCACAGCACGCACCACCAGCCGCUCGCGCCGGAGGACUACUAGCUAGUCAAGUCGGCCGGGUGGCCGGCGCCGGUGGCGUCGUCUCCUUAGUUGGACCCAGUACGUCCUGUUGUCGUCAUGUUUUGUUAUGUAUGCACGUGUCGGAAAUUAUGUUUGUGGUGUCGUGUGGAGUGGUUAAUAAGGGGGGCAUACGUGUUGUUUGGUCGCCCCACAGCGUUGGAGACGGUGAAUCAGAUGAUGUACAUCUCAACUUGUUACUAGUGUGUAUGUAAUAAAUUCCAGGUAAAAAUGGCAGGACUUGUAUAGUAUCA